CGAUAAGCACAAUAUAAUUUCAUUUAUUUAAAUAUAGGAUGCCUUCAGAACUUUCGAACACCCCUUUAACCCCAUUUGGUUUUCUCAUUACAGAAAUGGAUAAAACGUUAAAGUCAGGAAAAGGCCAAAUUACAAUUUCUAAUCAUUUUAUGAUAACAUUUGAAAUAUUUUCAUUGCUAUGUUUUACUUGAGCUUUAACACCAGGGGAGCAAAGUAAAAUAAUCCAAAAGGUAUUUAUGUCCUUUUUGUAGAAAUGUAUUAUCUGAACAAAAAACACUUCAUAUUCAUGAAAUAGAUAACCAAGAUAUUUAAAAAACUUCUCAAUUGAUUUGGUCAAAUGUCUGUUCCAUGAGAAUGACCCAGUUUAUGUUUAUAAAGACAUCCAUAAUGUCAUCAUGGGGUGCUUUCCCCCUUCCUCUGCCCCUCCCCCAUAGCAAGCCCUUAUGACCAGUAAUGAGGCUAUAGCGGAUACAAUUCUGCUCUUCUACCCAUAGAGUUCCAUUAGCAGAGUCACCAAAUUCUGAAGGGAAAUGAAUCAGUGAAGCAUAAGUGGCAUAUUUAAUUACUGCUCACUGCAUGGAUGGGAGACAAUAAUGGUCUUUGUGAACCUCUUGCUUUCAGACCACGUGCUUUGGCCAACCUAUGGGUCUGUUUCCAAUGUUGUCCUAUUAGUCUGUGAAUAUACGCAUGAAUGUGAUGAACUGUUUUUCCAAUUGCAUUUCUGUGUGUGCACAUGACAAGACAACCAAUGUGUUUGUGUUUUAAGUUUUAUAUGGGGGGUUACAUGUGCAGGCGGGCAGUGGCGGGGGCACAAGCUUACCGUGCGUGCCUGUCUCUCUCUCAGUCAGUUCUAGUAGUAAUCACAUGUAAAUGAAGCUGAUGCAAGCCAAGGAGCGACUAAUGAGCAGGCAUGGUGAAGAAAUACUGACCCAUGAAUAGUUCAGAUGUUACGUAUAUAGAAGACAUGACAAGAUUGCGUCUUCAAUACAUUCACAUCUGACCCAUCCAACAAUAAAACAAUUUCAGGCUUGCAGAUAUAUAAGCUUUUACAGGUUUAUCUCAUUGAAUGUUCUUUUUGACAGCAUUGCCUAUAUUAGUAAAAGGCCACUGAAUAAAUACUUUCACAAUGAAUUAUUCAAAGAAUAAAAUAAAUGGAAUUGCAAAUGUCCUAUUAUUUUCUAUGAUGCACAAUGUAUAAAAUCAUUAUUGAGUUACAUUUAAAUACUGUACUGGCUCAACAAGAAUUUAAAUUAUUUUUGUUGUCACUGAAUCAUGAAUAGCAUUGGUAAAAUGUUGCAUUUACCAGUAUUUGCACAAUGCUAUAUUUGUCUCACUUCCCCCAUAUUGACAGUUUGUCCACUUUCACUUUCAGGAAUCUAUUCCAUACAGUUCCUGCCAUUGAGACUUAACAGUAUAGACAAACAAUGUGUAAUCUUAAUAGAGGAAUGCGACGUUAAUUGUCAAUGACCGAUCAGUCGUCUUCUGUUCAACUGAGGAACGCGAAGUUAAUCGAUUCGAAAUGACUACUAAACCCAAACACUGACACACUUCGUCGGAAAUGCAGUAUGUGUGGACUUAGAACUUCGUCAGAGAGGGUCCAAUGCUGCCAUUCCACUUACGGAAGUUUCAUAAUGGAACUUGAGAGUUAAAUUUCGACGCGAAUACGCCACUGCAAAAAGCCAUGGACAAGGAAUCGAUUCAAUUUAAUCAACUGUGCACGUUUGAAAAUUUUUGUGCGAUUUGGAGUCAUUACGGUUAUAUGAAUGACUUCGUCGACGUAAUAGAACAGGAGUUCUCACGGAUUAAAGGAAUUACAUACCUGGAUCAUGCUGGAGCAACCCUAUAUCCAGAGUCCCUGGUGAGAGAAUACUAUCAGGAUAUCUCUCGAAAUGUAUAUGGAAACCCUCAUAGCCAUAACCCCAGCAGCAGACUGACUCAUGACACUGUGGAGCGUGUAAGAUACAGGAUAUUGCAGCAUUUUAACACCACUCCUGAUGAAUACACCGUAAUUUUCACCUCUGGCUCUACAGCAGCUCUCAAAUUAGUUGCUGAGAGCUUUCCCUGGAGGCCUCCCACUGCUGCAGAGCCAGCCAGUCAGUUCUGCUAUCUGACUGAUAACCAUACCUCAGUUGUUGGUAUGAGAGGAGUCACUUCAGCACUGGGAAUAGUUCCACUACCUGUCUUCUUUGAGGAGAUAGAGGCCAGAGCCAAAUGUGCGGCCCAGACCGAAGGCAGCAGUUCCCAGACACCACAUCUAUUUUGUUAUCCGGCACAAAGCAAUUUCUCUGGCAGAAAAUACCCCCUGAGGUAUGUGAAGGCUAUCCAGGCGAAGCAGCUCUACCCAGCAUGUGACAGCCGGGGCCGGUGGUUCGUCCUGCUGGAUGCUGCAUCUUUCGCCAGCUGCUCUCCUCUGGACCUGCAGGAAUACCCAGCUGACUUUGUUCCCAUCUCCUUCUAUAAGAUAUUUGGCUUUCCAACAGGUUUAGGGGCUCUCCUGGUCCGGAACGAUACAGCUGCCCUCCUAAGAAAGGCAUACUUUGGAGGGGGGACAGCAGCAGCCUACCUAGCAGGGGAGAACUAUUAUGUGCCAACAGCAAAUCUGUCUGACCGGUUUGAAGAUGGCACUAUCUCUUUCCUAGACAUCAUUGCUGUAAAUCAUGGUUUUGAUGCACUGCACACGUUUACAGGAGGCAUGGACAAGAUCCAGCUGCAUACAUUUGGUUUAGCGUGCUAUACUUACAUGUUUUUGUCUAGUCUUUGCCAUGGCAACGGACAACCAAUUGCACAGAUAUACUCUGACAGCGAGUUUGAGAAUCCAAGCAAACAGGGACCUAUCCUCAACUUCAACUUGAUGGACAGUCACGGACAAAUGAUUGGAUACUCCCAGGUGGACAAGCUAGCUAGUCUUUUUAACAUCCACGUCCGGACAGGUUGCUUCUGCAACACAGGUGCAUGUCAGCACUUCCUAGGCAUUACCAACGAGGAGGUGAAGAACAACCUACAGGCCGGCCAUGUCUGUGGAGACAACAUAGACCUGGUUGAUGGCCGUGCAACAGGCUCUGUUCGCGUGUCCUUUGGCUACAUGUCAACCUUUCAAGACUGCCAAAACUUCUUGAAGUUUGUUGUGGACUGCUUUGUAGAGAAGCCAGUAAAAGUGGACAGAGUGAAACUAGACCAAGUGAAAUUGAACACCCUGUCUAAAUGGUCCAGUCUGUGUGGACUCACUUUGUCAGUCAAUAAGACACCUGAACAAAUGGAGAAUAGAGACCAUUCCUCUUCAGACUCUGCAGAUCUGGUUGUAAAGGAAAAUGAAGGAAAGUCAAUCACCAAGGAGGCAAAAAGCCACAGGAAGGACCCAACUUUGACUAACAUAUACAUAUAUCCAGUCAAAUCAUGUGCAGCAUUUGAGGUGACUAACUGGCCAGUGGGGCCUCUGGGUCUUCUCCAUGAUCGGGGCUGGAUGGUGGUGAAUGGUAAUGGAGUGUGUCUGAACCAAAAGAGAGAACCCCGCUUAUGCCUUAUUCAUCCGCAGAUCUGUCUGCCCUCAAACACACUGCUCCUGCAGGCCUCAGGAAUGGACGCUCUCUGUGUGUCUUUGGAAAAUGUCGAUGAGCCACCUAAGAGUCAUAGAGUUUGUCAGAGCAAGGUGUGCGGUGACAGAGUGACAACAGUGGACUGUGGCGAAGAGGCUGCAUCUUGGCUCUCAGACUUUCUUGAACAACCUUGUCGCCUGAUAAGGCAAAGCCACGAUUUCAUCCGCAACAUGAAGAAGGGCCUUGAAAAAGGGGUCAUGUCCAGUUCCCUCUCACUGGUGAAUGAAGCCCAGUACCUAAUGAUCAACCGUGCCAGUGUUGAUUUGCUUCAGAGGAACAUCAUACAUAGACAGGAACCCACGGAUGACCAUUGUCUCUUUGACACUCAGCAGCUUGUUAGUCGGUUUCGUGCCAAUUUAGUCAUCUCUGGAAGGAAGCCAUUUGAGGAAGAUGAUUGGUCACACUUCAUUAUUGGAAACAUACAUUUCCAGGUGAUAGGUCGGUGUGGCAGAUGCCAGAUGAUCGGGGUGGAUCAGGUCACAGGGACCAAGACCAAGGAGCCUCUUCUGUCUCUCUCUGCCUAUCGCAAGGGGAAGGUGACAUUUGGUGUGUACCUGGUCCACCAAUCACUGGAGGACUCUAAUGCUACCCUGUCGGUUGGCUCUUCUAUAAUGGCUGAAAUGUCAUGAAAAGGUUCUCAUCUUUAAAUUGUCUGAACUCAAGCUUAUUUUGAUCAUUUGUUAUAUUAUUUAAGUGUUGGAAUAUUGUGUUUGUAUGUUGUUUAGAAAUUAUGUCUCAAGGGAAUUGGCAAAUAGCCUUCAUUUGGAUUCACCUGUAAACCUUUCCUCUUUCAUUUGUCACUCAGCGGGUGGUGGGGGGUUGGUGACGCCUUUGAGAAAAAGAGAUGAGGGAGGGUUUUGUUUUUAUUUUUGGUGAGUCUUCUUAUAAAUGUUCUUAUAUACUACCGUUCAAAAGUUUGGAGUCACUCUGAAAUGUUCCUUGUUCUUUGAAUAAAAGCAAAAUGUUUGUCCAAUUAAAUAACAUCAAGUUGAAAUACAGUGUAGAAAUUGUUAAUUUUGUAAAUUACUGUUGUAGCUUGAAAUGGCACCUUUUUUUUGGAAUAUCAACAUAACUGAACAGAGGCCCAUUAUCAGCAACCAUCCGUCCUGGGUUCCAAUGGCACGUUGUGAUUGUUAAUACAUCAUUUUAAAAGGCUAUUGUAAUUAUGAAAAGUGAAAGUGUAAAGAAAAUAGUCUAAAGAAGCAAUAAAACUGUUAUUUAGACUAGUUGGGUAUCUGAAGCAUCAGCAAUUGUGGGUUUGAUUACAGGCUCAAACUCUGAAACUCAUCAGUCUAUUCUUGUUCUGAGACGGGAAGGUUAUUCUAUGCAAGAAAAUAAAAUAUUCUAUGCAAGAAAAUAAGAAAAUAAAAAAGA